AUGGCUUACUCUCCUGCUGCAAAGGUAUAUCUAGCACUUAAAAUCCUCGAAUGUACCGCUGCCGUCGUAAUACUGGUCCACCAGCCUCUGGGCUACAUCUUGAAGCUGCUCUAUCAAGUGUCAGUCUUCAUUGUGAGCCCCUUUGCUCCACUGCUCCACUGGGGGGGGUUUUGUCUGGCUUACUUAGCCAUCCUUAUUCUCAUUGUCUGCUUCGUCGGCGUCGGUUUGCUUGUCUGUGUGUUUCCCAACCGACUCCGUCGACCCAAGGAAGAGGGAUACUUGUCCAUCAUCAGAGGCCGCGCAUCUUCAAUAAAACACGCGCCCAGAAUCCACGACGCCUCGGACGUCUACCACACGGCAUUCCUCCUCAAACAAGCCGGACUCCCUGGGGAUGUAAUCCCGACGAUCCUCGACUACGCCGAGCUGUGGUUCAGCACUCCCCUUGCAGCGUCAAACCGCGAGCUCGAGAUCUGCUCCAGGAGCAACGGCCGCAUCUUCCUGACCGCCGAACUGCCACGAGCACUUCCCAAAGGCUCAAUCCGCACGCUGUCGUUCACUAUCCACUCCAAAGACCUCAUCAAGCACGUCUGGCACCACCAAUAUCCCCUCCUCGCCCCAAAUGAGCUUUCAGGCUUCGCGCUCUCGGUCUUUCCAGAUGAUACAGUCUCCAGGCCGGACAACGAUCGCACGUUAUUCCCUCCAAAGCGCUUGAUGAACAACCAUCACUCCUGCCACUCCUGCCACUCCUACUUUGCCUACGAACUACAAUGGCACUACCUCUCCAAAGACGAGGACAUCGCGGAGAUCUUGAACAGCCUUGUCGGCGGCCAGAAGCUGGCUCUCAUGAUGUGUGCAGACAAAGAAGCCGCGUGUGCCGUCAAAUUCGCUCGCAUCAGCUGCGAGAUGGCCGCGGUGAGAAAGAUGUGA